AUGCCCUCUGAUAUUCGGAAUUUUUUUGGAGGCAAGCCCGCCCAGGCCUCGGGCAACGCUCCUAAACCCGCGAAAGAAGAGGAUCCCUCUACUGCGCGGAAAAGACGGAGCAGAAAGGUGGUGAUUGACAGUGACGAGGACGAGGAAGUUACACCAGCGAAACCGCCAACACCCAAAUCCAAAUCGAACAGUCAACCGAGGCGCGACGAGCCGAAAGGCGAACCGACAACCAGCUCGGAUUAUUUUGCUACGAGCAAGAAGCGGGGCAGGCCAUCCAAGGCGUCAACCGAACAGAUAACUGAUGAAGCCCCCAUGAAGUCCUCCCGAAAUACGCCACGAGAAGCAACCAAGAAGACUAAAAAGGUUGUUGACGACGACGAGGGCCUUGGUGGAGAUGACAUUUUCGCAAGUGAAUACGUCAGAAAGGGAGAUGAUGAUUAUGUUGCCGCAGACAACAGCGACGACGAUGAUUUCGAGGUUCUGGAGGCCAAGCCAGCAACUGCAGCAUCCAAGAGAUCCCAGAAGAAGCCAUCGAUCCUGGACGAAGAAGACGAUGUGAUAAUGGAAGAUCUCCCCAAGACCGCCUCCAAAAUCACAAAAGCGGGUCGGAAGCGGAAGUCAGAAGCCGUCAUUGACGAGGAUGAUGAUGGCGAGUAUCAAGACCCGAAGAAAAAGCCAGCAUCCCGAUCUAAGUCGGCUGCAUAUCCUGUUGUCAAGAAACAAAAGUCCACCCCGAAGAAGCAAGAUCCGCAACCCGAAAACCCCGAGAUCCAGGAUAUUUUCGACAGCAUUCCAAUCAUCAAGCCACCAUCCCCAGCCCCACAAACCGGAGAGACCAAGAAAUGGACCUUUGGGGGGCAGCGUUCUCGUACUCCCCCAACUGCUGGCACGAAGGAAAUGCCCGUCGGUGCCGAGAAUUGCCUGGCAGGAUUGGCAUUUGUAUUCACCGGCGUCCUUGAGACGUUGGGGCGCGAGGAGGGUCAGGAACUAGUGAAGAAAUAUGGUGGUAAAGUCACUGGAGCCCCCAGCUCGAAGACCAGUUAUGUUGUUCUCGGCGGCGACGCAGGCCCAAAGAAGCUUGAGACUAUCGCCAAGUUCAAAAUCAAGACUAUUAACGAGGAUGGCCUUUUUGAAUUGAUUCGGCGCCUGCCCGCAAAUGGCGGUUCUGGACAAGCUGCGGAAAAAUACGCAGCCAAACAGAAAGCCGAUGAGGACAAAGUCAAGAAGAUGGCUGCCGAGAUUGACGCUGAGGAGAAGAAGCAGGAGGCAGCCAAGGCCAAAGCCCAACAAAAUGGAUCAACUCCGCCUGCUUCUCAAGGCCCGGCAGUUGAUGAUCAGCUUUGGACGACCAAGUAUGCGCCAACCUCAGUCAAUAUGAUCUGUGGCAACAAGACCGCAGUUGAGAAAAUCCAGAAUUGGCUGCGCAAUUGGCAUAAGAAUGCGAAAAUGAAUUUUAAGAAUGCUGGAAAAGACGGCUCGGGAAUAUACCGUGCCAUCAUGAUUCAUGGGCCUCCAGGAAUUGGCAAGACAACUGCUGCACAUCUGGUGGCUAAGCUGGAAGGAUUCGAUAUCGUCGAGACCAAUGCCAGCGAUACCAGGAGCAAGAAGCUUGUCGAGACUGGCACCUUAGGGGUACUGGAUACGACAUCUUUGCAAGGUUAUUUCGCUGGUGAAGGCAAGAAGGUUGAAAGUGGGAAGCGCAACCUUGUUCUGAUCAUGGAUGAAGUCGAUGGUAUGUCUGCUGGUGACCGGGGUGGUGUCGGCGCAGUGGCAGCCAUUGCCAAGAAGACCAACAUUCCUAUCAUUUUACUGUGUAAUGAGCGGAGGUUGCCGAAGAUGAAGCCUUUUGAUCAUGUCACCUUCGAUGUUCCGUUCAGACGUCCGACAGUGGACCAGAUCCGCGCAAGACUAUCCACUAUCUGCUUCCGCGAGAAGAUCAAGAUUCCUCCCCCUGUGCUGGAUGCUCUAAUCCAAGGAACGCACGCAGAUAUUCGACAAGUCAUCAACAUGCUGUCUGCUGUUAAGGUAGAUCAGUCGAGCAUGGAUUUCGACAAAGGCAAGGAGAUGUCGAAGGCAUGGGAGAAACACAUUAUUUUGAAGCCGUGGGAUAUUACGAGCAGGAUUCUCAGUGCGCAAAUGUUCUCGCCAAGCUCCACCGCGUCUCUGAACGACAAGAUUGAACUCUACUUUAACGACCAUGAGUUCAGCUAUCUGAUGCUGCAGGAGAAUUACUUGCGGACUAGGCCCGCCCUUGCAACCAGCUACCAGGGCAAGGAGCAGAACCUGAAGCUCCUUGAGCUGGCUGACAACGCUGCUUCGAGUAUUAGUGAUGGCGAUCUUGUGGACCGCAUGAUUCAUGGAACCCAGCAGCAGUGGAGUCUCAUGCCCACUCAUGCUGUCUUCAGCUUUGUUCGACCGGCUAGUUUCCAGUUCGGGAACAUGACGGACAGGCCACAGUUUGCCAGCUGGCUUGGCCAGAACAGCAAGCAAGGCAAACUGUCACGUUUUGUCAAGGAAAUCCAAGGCCAUAUGCGUCUUCGAACUUCAGGCAAUCGUGAAGAGAUUCGUCAACAAUAUAUGCCCCUGGUGUGGGACAAGUCUGUCAAGCGACUCAUGACUGAGGGUAAAGAGAGCGUGGACGAGGUUAUCGACUUCAUGGAUGCCUAUUUCUUGACGCGAGAUGAUUUCGACGCUAUGGUUGAGCUCGGGUUGGGGCCCAUGGACCAAUCCAAGGUCAAGCUGGACACACAGACCAAGGCUACAUUCACACGUCUUUACAACCAACGCUCGCAUCCACUUCCAUUCAUGAAGGCAAGCAAUGUCAUCGCGCCGAAGAAAGGCCCUAAGGAUAAGCCUGAUAUCGAAGACGCCAUCGAAGAAUCGGACGAAGAAGAAGUCGUCGAUGAGAUCAAGGAUGAAGAUGAAGAAGAAAUGGAUCUGACGAAGGAUAACGCAGUGCUUUCUCACGGACUAUCAGGCGCAUGGAUCCCCUACGGCGGCGGCGGGUUCAGGUGUCCUGGACGGCACUUUGCGAAACAGGAGAUACUGGGCAGUGUCGCCAUUUUUCAGUCCUAUUACGAGCUGGAGGUGGUCGACAGGCCCAAGGAGUGGCUGCCGCGCCCGGACCACCGAUUCUAUGGGGUGGGCGCUGUGCCUCCAGCUGCGCCUAUUCCAUUUCGCAUCCGGCGCCGGCGCCGCCGAGGAAUUCUAGACGGACAGCCCCCGAAAGCUAUUCUAUAG